AAAAUCAAUUCCGACUUAUAAAAUAUCAUGGAAGUUGGAAAACCAAACUUUUGGUUACCCAAGGAAAGAUGUCAUCUUUUUUGUUCCCAUCGCCUGUGAUUACCUUUCGCCAUUGGCCCUCGAACCGUCUCGAUGUGCAUGAUGUGUGGAACAGCUGCUUCCUCUUGACGACUCGCCAUAGACACAAGGCGGGAGAGAGAGAGAGAGAGCGAGCUUCUUUGUCAGUAUAUGUUCGUUUCUGUGAUUUUGAUUUGAAAGCUCACUUCUUGGGCAACAUGCUUCAGUGCUUGGAGUUAUCAUUUGACGUGCAGGAUCAACCUCAGGAGCACCACCCAAAUGUCGAAACCCCUCUCCAUUCACAGGUUGCGGUCUCUUGUGGAUCCACUCCUCGUGCAAUGCCCGCUCCAUCCAUCGACAUACGCGCCCAUUUUCGAGCUCUUGACAGGCUGCAACUUGCUGAAACUAGGCCAACAACUGCACGCUCACAUGGCUCUGCGUGGCCUUGAGCCCAACGCCUUCCUCGCGGCAAAAAUGGUCGCAAUGUACGCCAGUUCGGGCGAUCUUGAUUCUUCCAUGUUUUUGUUCGGAAGAGUUGAGAAUCCCAAUCAACUAUUGUUCAAUUCGAUGAUUCGGGCUUACACACGACACGGGUGUUCGGUGGAAACUAUACGAGUUUACUGUAGAAUGCAUAGGUUCGGUUCCAAUGGUGAUAAUUUCACAUUCCCCUUCGUUCUCAAAUGUUGUGCAGACUUAUCGGAUGGUGGGAUGGGGAGAUGUGUCCAUGGUGUGAGUUUGAGAGCCGGUUGUGAGCUUGAUAUGUACGUAGGGACGUCAUUGAUUGAUAUGUACGUGAAAUGUGGAGACUUGAGUAGCGCCCAGAAGUUGUUCGAUACAACGUCUGAGAGAGAUGCUUCGUCUUGGAAUGCCCUAAUAAAUGGGUACAUGAAAGCUGGCGACAUUUGUGCUGCUGAAUGUUUAUUCGGGAGGAUGCCGUGCAAGAACAUUGUCUCCUGGACCGCCUUGGUUUCAGGGUACACACAGAACGGGUUGGCUGAUAAGGCACUGAGGGUGUUCCAUGAAAUGCUGAGAGGAGAAUCGGAGAUAAAGCCCAAUUAUGUCACAGUGAUGAGUAUCCUCCCUGCAUGUGCACAUUCAGCAGCUCUGGAUCGUGGAAGACAAAUACAUGAUUAUGCACGGAGGACUGGCUUGGACUCGAAUCCUUCAGUGCAGAUAGCACUUGCUGCAAUGUAUGCAAAGUGUGGGAGUCUGGUAGAUGCCCGCCGCUGUUUCUUUAACUUAAAACCUGGCCAUAGAACUUCGGUCGCAUGGAAUACAAUGAUAACUGCUUAUGCAUCGCAUGGAUAUGGAGCAGAAGCAGUGUCAGCUUUUGAGGAGAUGAUUAAGUCUGGAGUUCACCCUGAUGACAUCACUUUUACUGGAUUAUUAUCUGGAUGCAGCCAUUCGGGUCUUACCGACGCCGGGUUGAAGUUUUUUCACAGUAUGAGAACUGUUUAUUCAGUUGAACCAAAAGUUGAGCAUUAUGCUUGUGUUGUCGACCUUUUAGGUCGUGCUGGGAGAUUGGUAGAAGCGACAGAGCUCAUUAGUAGGAUGCCAAUGAAAGCAGGGCCAAGCAUUUGGGGCGCUCUGUUGGCUGCGUCCCGCAAGAACCGGAAUUUGGAGAUUGCUGAAAUGGCUGCUAGAGAGCUCUUUGUGUUGGAACCAGAGAACAGCGGCAACUAUGUUCUAUUAUCCAAUAUGUAUGCAGAAGCUGGCAAGUGGACGGAGGUGGACAAUUUGAGAGCUACUCUGAAAAGUCAGGGCAUGAAGAAAAGUCCUGGGUGCAGUUGGAUUGAGGUGAAUGGGAAUGCCCAUCUGUUUCUUGGAGGAGACACAUCACAUCCCCAAGCAAAAGAAAUAUAUAUGUUGUUGGAAGAUUUGCCUAGCAAGAUCAAGGCGGCUGGUUAUAUGCCUGAUACUAGUUUUGCUCUGCAUGAUGUUAGCGAAGAAGAGAAGGAACAGAGCCUCACAACACACAGCGAAAAGCUAGCCGUAGCAUUCGGGCUGCUCAACACCAACCCUGGAGUUCUACUUCGCGUGACCAAGAACCUUCGAAUGUGCGGAGAUUGUCACACAGCUAUCAAGUUCAUAUCUAAAAUUUAUCGACGGGAGAUAGUAGUGAGAGAUGUGAAUCGAUUCCAUCACUUUAAAGAUGGCUCGUGCUCUUGUCGAGACUAUUGGUAAGGAGUUAAGGAGUCUAUGGCCGAAUAUUACAAACGAUUUUGAAGA